AUGAUGGAUGAAGACAGUAGUGAUGAGUCAGAUGAUGUUGAAGAAAAUCAAGAUCCAGAUAUUAGAAACUAUUUCACUUUGGAAGAAAUGAAAAGUAUUGUUGAAUGGGUUGAUCAACAUCCAAAUUAUACAAUUGCUGGUGCCCGAAAUUGGAUUGAAAGCAAAAGAUCAUUAAUUUCAACAUUUACUCCACAUGAAAUUCUAAACAGUGAUCAUUGUUCGUUUCAACAGGAAUAUGUUUCACCGAGAACUCUUUCAUUUACUGGUGAACGAACAACAGAAGUAGCUGUUAAAAAGAAACACAAUAUUACUCACUCGUAUACAGUUCAACCUAUUAGUUCAGCUGCCGGUCACUUGUUAAAUAAAUUUUUGCUAAUUCUUCACGAAAAACAAAAUGAAUUUGAUACCAGAGUGCAGAAGGAUUUAAUCGUGCCGCCGAACGUGGUUGUACGAGCUUCUACCUCUGGAAAAAGUAACGCUGAAAAUCAUCGUAUUUUCUUAAAGGAAGUUCUUGCGCCUGUCGUUGCCACAAAAUUCCUUCUUUUUCUUGAUUGUUGGAAAACUCAAACUGGUCUAGAUAAGUUUAGAUCAGUAUUUCCUAAUCAAAAAAAGUCAGUUAUUAAUUUUUCCUGAAGGAUCAACCGGUUAUGUUCAACCACAAGACUUAUCCUUAUUUCGUUCGUGGAAAUUCAUUUAUAAGAAAAUUGAACAUUACACUCACAUCAAUCGGACAGUGAUCAAUAUGAGUGAUCGUCAAUAUUUUAUAAAUAUGCAAUCAGUUAUUCAUAACCAAUUAUCUGCUCCAUCAUUUAAAAAUCUAAUAAAAUCAGGAUUUAUAAAUGCUGGAAUAAUUCACGAAACAAUUAAAGAACUUGAAAAACCAAAGAAUAUUUGUUUCAAAUUCUACGAUCUCUAUUGUUCAAUGAAUAAUUGUGAAAAUCGAACACUUCUGAUUUGUACUUGGUGCAAGAAACAUUUUUGUCAUUAUCAUCUGAUUCAAAAAAUGCAUAUUCAUUUAUAGUAUAUCACAAUAAAGUUACUUUAGACUUAUUAUUUUCGAUUUAAAUAAGAACAAAUGGAUUAAAAACGCUUUGCUAUGAUGAUCAAAAGCUUCUUUUUCUCAUUCAUACGUAACUGAACCUUCUGAAAAUAUCGAAAUUUGUGC